AUGGCCUCUCCAAGAACUGGAGUCAAAUCAUUCAAAGAUUUGUCACCAGCUCGCAAAAGAUUAGCCAUGAAUGACACGCUUUCACCAGAACCUGAAGAUAAAGUCCCCACGAAUCCAUGGAGAAGACGAUAUCAUUCUMUAUCACCUCAACGUUCUUUUCAAAUAAUCAAGGAUGAACAAAAGACCGGUUUAAUCAGUGGCAAAGACAUUGGAAGUGAAUAUCGAAAGAAAAAGGAGGAUGAACAACUGAGGUUUAAGAAAAUGGAUUCAGAGCUAACUGGUCAGAAUGCAGAAGCAGUGUUCCGUGAUAAGAUCACGGGGAAGCGUAUAUCCACGGAGGAAUAUCUUAAAUCUAAGCCGGAAAAACUGGUUCAAGAACUUGAAUGGUGCAAAGGUUUAGCUCAGGAGCGUGAAGCUGAAGCUAGACUACAUGAACUUGAGCUUGAGAAGGCGAUGCCAUUUGCUCGGACCAGAGUUAGAUGA